UCAAAGGUGUACUUUUGUAUAUUGUAUCAAUUCUGGAUUUCAGCACACAAGUCAUUUCAUUUAGUGGACCACAUUCAUUCACUCGCAUCGAGUCAUUUGCAGAUAAUCAGCUCAACUUUUAUUCCUUCUUUUCAUUUUGUCAGUGCUGCACAAGAGACGUCUGCGUGUGCUUUUAUUCUCUAGAGUCAAAUUGUAUAUUGUAUUCCGGCGCCAUCCUGACUCACUGGGUUUAACUUGCCGCAGUUCACGGAUCGCAGGCUGUGGAGCCACUUGAUGCCCCCACAUUCGCGCUCUCUCUCUCCCUCUCUCUCACACACAUACACAUUCCUACAGUGAGUCUCUCUAGUCAGUGUCCCGCUUCCAGCUUCCAGGAACGGACGUGCGUUUGGAUGUAGCAGCCGGCGGCUCCGGUCCGACGAUGGUGUGAGGAGUCACUACAGACAACUGGAGUGAAUGAAAAGCCAGUAACACCGAGAUGUCAAGCCCUACUAGUUAGCGACAACAGUAUGGUGAUGGAGAUCUAAAGGAGAGUCUGCAGCUCUCCUCUCAGGGACAGUCUUCUGCAGCCCUUUGCUGAACACAGGCCUGCCUGGCGUCUUUCAUCCAUAUCACUCCUCUUUCCAUCCUCUUAUCCUUCCCCCGGUCAUGAAAGGCCUUUCAAGUAGUCGGAGCCACCAUCAUGUGCUCUCCUAUGAACCAUCAUAUGAUCCACUGGGUCAUCAUAUUGACCGCAAGCCAUAUUUGAUCAGUCAGAUGGACAUGCCUGUGCCCAUCCCCAUGCAUCCAGCUGAGCUGCCCUACUACAAUGCUCAGCGAACCUCGUACCCCUCUGACACCAACAGUAUUGUCCCAUAUGGAACCUUCCCAAGGAGAUGCCACUCAACCUCCUCAUCUCACCAUCCUGAGGUAAAGGAUGAGUGUAUGGCCAUGGUGCCAUAUGUAGGAGGCGGAGGAAUAGGAGGAGGAGGAGGAGGAGUAGGAGGCUAUGGAGGUAAAACACCCACCCGGUUUCCAGCACACUUUGCAGACCCAUUUGAGCGUCAGCCAUCAUUUUCCAGAGAUGGCUACCAUACACUGCAGUACAAACGAGGAGUGCUGGCCCACAGUGGGGGGAUGGGGGCCAACAACAACAACAAUGACAGCCCAGGGAGAAUUCGUCAUCUGGUCCACUCAGUCCAGAAACUCUUCACCAAGUCACAUUCAUUGGAGGGCCCACACCACACACAGUCCUCCAAGGGGGCCAAUAAUGGGAGCAUUAAUGGUGGUGGUGGUGGUGGAGGAGGAGGAGGUGGUGGUGGUGGUUCAAGGGCCAGCCCAGAGGGUGAAACUCCACCAGGGGGAGUGCGCCACCGGAAGCGCAGCAAGAGCCGUGAGCGGUGUCGUUCAGCCGAGCCCAAGCAUCGAAGCCACCACCACCACCACCACCAGCUCCAUGGCUCAGCAUCUGCUCCGGGCUCCGGAUAUUGGAGCUCAGAUGACAACCUGGAACGGGAGCUGUCUCUCUACCACCCCCACCACCACCAACCUCCACCCUCACCCUCACCCUCCAUUUCCCCCUCACCCAUCGCCAUGACAAUGGGCCGGUACCCCAGCAACAGCCACGACAAGUUCCCCCAGACUCCCCUCCCCAGUCUCUCCUCCUCGCAAUCCCAGCAGUACUUCAUGAUGGACCCUUACGGCACACUCAAUGAGCACACACACACACAUGCACACCAUGGCCUCACACACCACCAUUCUGCACUCAAAGGCUCCCGGAGCAACAAUGAUGUGAAGUAUGCAGCACCGUCGGGAUGUGUGCCAGUUAGUGGUAGCAACAAUAACAGCGGUGGCGGUAUCGGUGGAGGAAAUGGCCCCUUGCUGCCAUUGGGUCUUGUGGACGGGCAACUUGUGAAGAAAGGGGCAUGGUCGUCAAGCCUAACGGUGAGCAGGGCCCGAGCGGUCUACACCAACAACAGCAGCCACAACCAGCUACGAGCCAGCGCAGGAUCCGGUAACCUAAACCUAGAUAGAGCUCUAGUCAAAACUAAGGGCAGUCAGCAACAGGAGCGCUCUUGCCAUUUCUUACAGGUACCUCAGGAUGAGUGGAGUGGCUUCUCUCCUCUGGGGAAGGAGGACGACAUCCCUUGUCGGAGGAUGAGGAGUGGCAGCUACGUCAAAGCCAUGGCUGAAGACGACAGCGGAGACUCUGAUGGAAGUCCCAAACCUUCCCCCAAGAUGCAGGCACGCCGGGCCAGCUACCUAAAAGCCACACAGCCAUCACUGACUGAGAUGACCACUCUACAGAUCUCGACAGAGCAUUCCCCCAAACUGCAGAUCAGGAGCCACAGUUACCUGCGAGCGGUGAGUGAGGUUUCAAUCAAUAGAAGCCUGGAUACCCUGGACCCCAAAACCCUCCUCGACCCCAAAUCGCUGCUGUCCUCACCCCAAUACCGUUCUCGCAAUGAAAGCUACAUGAGGGCCAUGAGCACCAUCAGUCAGCUGAGUGAGGUGGAAGUGAAUGGGCAGAUUGAGCAGGUGUGCGAGCAGGUGUACAGUGAGAUGCAGUCCCAGGCCAUGAAGGCUGCCAUGGAUCGCAUGGAGACCAUGGACACUAUGGACACUAUGGACACCCUGCCAAUGCCGGGAUGCUUCCGGAUGCGGAGUCACAGCUAUGUGAGGGCGAUUGACCAGGGCUGUGCUGGGGAGGAGGAAGGAGAAGGAGGGCGACCACUGCUCCUGCUGCCAUCUUCCCCACCACGCACAUCUGCCACGACCGUCAGGACCAUUCAGAGCAGUACAGUUUCAUCUUGCAUCACUACUUAUAAGAAAACCCCUCCACCAGUGCCACCUCGAACCACAACCUGCUCUACGGCCUCCAAACCUUACAUCUCCAUCACAGCCCAGAGCAGCACAGAGUCUGCACAGGAUGCAUACAUGGAAGAGGAGGGACCCAGAGGUGACAUGACCAUCCAAUCGGGGCUCAGUAACUCAACAGAAAGCAUUGACAGCAUGAAGGCGUUGACAGCUGCAAUAGAAGCAGCUAAUGCACAGGUUCAUGGACCAGCCAGUCAGCAUGUUAGUAACAGUACCAUGACAGUCAUCACCCCCUCAUCCUCAAUCCUGAGCAGGGGGCCACUUUUUGAAGACCAUCGGGAUGAAUACAGGAAAGAAGCACUCAGGAAGGAAAAUUGUCUCUCCAUAGGCAUCCAGGUGGAUGGACCAGAGGAGGUUCCAGAUCCAGAGGACCCAUCUAAGUUCACUUCUGUUGGGGUACAAGUGGAAGAUGACAGGGGGUAUCGCCGUUACCAGCGCUCCAACAGUGUGACUGCAGCUGUACAGGCAGAUCUGGACAUCCCUGAACUGCCGGAUAUCCCUCUGGACUGCCCAGACACUGAUAUGGAAGUCCUGUCAUCUGGAAUGAUCUCUCGACAAUACUCCCGUGAUGCUGCCACCUCCACCGUCAGCAUCCAGGGCUCAGGGAACCACUACCAUGCCUGUGCCUCCGAUGACUAUGACGAUGUGGGCUUUGACCCAUCCAUCCUCCCACCUCCAGACCCUUGGAUAGACAGUGUAACAGAUGACCCACUUGAUGACAACUUCAGCAGCUCCACUAUACUCGAGGUGGUGCAGCGUUCAGUGUGUCAGAGAGAUGGACGCUGGUUUCUGAAGCUGCUGCAGGCUGAGACCGACCGCAUGGAUGGCUGGUGUCGACAGAUGGAGCUCGACAAGCGGGAGAAUGACCUACCUGAAGAUAUCAUGGGGAAGAUGAGGAGUGCAAUGGGAAGUGCUCAGCUUCUGAUGUCCCAGAAGUUCCAGCAGUUCAGGGAGCUGUGUGAGGAAAACCUGAACCCCAAUGCCCACCCUCGUCCUGUCGCCUCUGACCUGGCUGGUUUUUGGGAUAUGCUUCAGCUGUCAAUCGAGAACAUAAGCCUGAAGUUUGAUGAGCUUCACCAGCUCAGAGCCAACAACUGGAGACCCCUGGAUCCCCCUGAGAGACAGGAGAGGCGGCUCCCACCUCCAGUGCCAAAAAAACCACCCAAAGGUCCCCACCACUACCCUCCUCUGGCCAGAGACCGCUCGCUGGAGAGCUCAGAGAAACAGCGGCAGGAGGCCAGGAAGCGCCUGAUGGCCGCCAAGAGAGCUGCAUCUGUGCGACAAAACUCGGCAACAGAGAGCGCCGACAGCAUCGAGAUUUACAUCCCUGAAGCUCAGACAAGGCUAUGAGGACGCUCCCAGACACACACAUGCAUACUAACACACACACACACACACACACACACACACACACACACACACACAGUAUAAGGUUGUCCACACCAAGGUAUAUGAGUGUAGUAUGAUUUUUUGUGUUCAGAUCUGCACAGAUAUUCAGCCCUGAGCACUUCCCCGAUCUGUCUACCGAAUGAAACAUUUGUCGCUGAUGAACAAGCACACUUCUGAUAGGUGUGGUUGGGUGUGGUCACAAACUAUGUUUUCUUGCACCUGCAACCACACCCAACAGUGAUGUCACUGCAGCAAUGAUGUCAGUAUCACAGCACUUGCCUGACAGGCUGCAAACUUUGCAAGCCAAGUGCAAGACUCGAUGACCUAAAUGCAAAACUGUGAUGCAAACAGAGUCGGCAAGAGGAGCAGGACGCACUUCUGUUUGCUGCUCCACCGCUCUACUCAGGUGCGUAAUGCACCGAAGUAGGCUGACAUAAAUGACAAACACAUUAAAAUACCCCUCCCCAUAUGCAAAACUCUGUGUUUUCGCCCGGCACAUUUGAGCGUUUGACUUCAGACAGGACCUGCAUUUUGCAUUAACACGUGCAUGUCCUGGUCAGGGCACACCGACAGGUCAGGUGUGAAAGGAGGCGGUCUCCUCUUUUCAUUCGAGGAUCAUGUUUGGUCAGAUCAGACAGGACUUGGUUUGAGGUUUGGUCAAUACUGGAGGUGAUGGACAAUCUUAAAAUACACACACACACGCACAUGAAUGCGCCUCACAUGCACAGUGGUUCACACACAUUGAACACAUCAGUACUUACAGGUAAUUCUUUCAGGCUAUAUGAACACUUCAGGCUCUUGUAAUAUAAGAACAGUGUCUUUCCCUCUGGUAAAGAGAACGCCAUGAUAACUUUCUCUUUCAUCUCCCUCACUUAACACCACAUCAGCGCUUUAUGAAACUGAGGAACUUCAUGCCACGGCCGACUGGCGUUUUACCCCCUUAUUUACCUUCCCGUAUGGGGAAAUGUUUUGACAGGAAAAUGUAUUUGGACAUCACUCUUUUUUAGCAGUUUCACACUGCUAUAUUUUUGGGUCACAGAAUCAGGAUAGGGAUUUUUUUCAAAGCUCCCUUGUGGCUCACAUGCCUUCCUCCUGUCUAUCUUAGCAGUUCAGCUUUCGAUGACCAAAACAGCCAAAAUACAGGUCAAGUUUUAAUUGCACAUAAUUUCCUUUUUAACCCUCCUAGUGUAACAUAGAAAGCCAUUAAGUAAAUUAUAAAAUUGCUGACAGUGUCAGACACACUGUUAUGAGGAAAAUGAGAAGCAGUGUGUCAUACUGUAAUAUAAUUGCCAUCCGUGCACGGGUCAAACAUUUUCUGCCUCUUUGGUUUUAUCUUCACAUCCCUCCUCCUCCUUGUUGGAUUCCGGGGUGAUUUGUCUUUUACAGGGUACUAUUACACUUAAGCAAUAUUUAGUGGAAAAGUGACUUUUAUGGAAGUUCUUGGAGAUUUAGUAAGUAACACAAGACCCUAUAGUUAAUAAGAUCGAAGGAGAACAAGUCCAAUAUGCAGUGUAGUAAUUAUUCACAUAAAAUCUAGAUUUUCUUUUCUUUCUAACUUUAGGAUUUU